GUUCGCGUCUAAAUUAAGACCGGGUUACGGCCUCGCGAUGCGCGCGCGCACACCCACCGUUCGCUCAAUAAAAACCAAACGUAGCACGUAUUAUAUUUUUUACCAUCGCGAAUUUUCCGAAAUCCCGUAGCUGGGUGACGAUUAUCCCGGACCACGGGGAUUUAUCAUGUCUGUGAUGUGAAAAACGAAGUGAAUUUCAAUUUUCGAAGUACAAGAUAACCCCAACAAUAUGAAGUUCACUAUUGACGUUUUGGGGAUAUUUUUGAAAGUAGUCGUUAGGGUAAACAAGGUCACUUUCGCACCUCUCGUGGUGUCCACGCUAUUCAUCUUACUGACCUCUUUACUGGCGCACUGCGCGAGGCGGCUAGUACAAAAAACGAUCAAAGAACCGUUCAUAAGGCUGCUGCUGGAAGAGGCGAUAGCAGCUGCUGAGUUGUGCGGAUGCUGCUUCGAACUUAUUAUUGUUGCUGAUAAUUUUGGUGUGGCCACAUAUGCCAUAUACCUGUUUGCUCUCACGAUCUGGUGGUCACUGAACUGGGGAGAUGCAACGGCUUGUCCCUACACUCACAUCGAAGAUAUUAUCGAAGGCAGAGGCGACAUUCGUAAGGCUUUCAUAAAGACUUGGGCGGAGUUAGCUGGUGGGAUAUUAGUGUUUAAAUAUGUACAAAUGUAUUGGGCAUUGGAAAUAUCGGAGACACACAAGAAUAAAGCUUUUGAAGACUGCACGGCUGAUUUACAGGUGCCAGCUUUAUAUGGAGCUAUUGUUGAAGGCGUAGCUACAUGUCUAUGCAGGCUUGCUUCAAGGUCACUAAGCGACCUCAACCCACGUUACUCCACAGCUAUCGACUCUUUCAUCGGCACCUCUCUGGUCGUAGCCGGGGUUCUCACUAGGCACACGGUACUCACCUACCGCUAUGAGGAUAGUAGUGCUAAUCCGGACCUCAGUGUGUCUGUCUAUUGCAAAGUCCAUGUAGGAAAAGCGUUCGACUAUUCCGGUGGUUACUUCAAUCCAGUCUUGGCUACGUCAUUAAAAGCUGGCUGCGAAGGUCAUACUUUGAUGGAGCAUGCAAUGGUCUAUUGGCUCGGCGCAUGCGCUGGUUCUGUACUGUCAGUGUACCUUUACAAGCUGCCAGUCAUCCAGAAAUACGUCAGAGGUACGACUGAAGUGAACGGCGACAGCAUCUGGGCAGAUAAAGAAGAUUAAUCUAUGUACAAAUUAUAUAUUUCGAAAAUAUAUUAUAAUUAUUUAUUUAAAUUUCUCUGAUAUUAAGCAAGAUUAUUC